AUGAUGUUCGUCGAACACGAGAGAAAAAGAAGUGGGCCAGACACUCUCCUCGCCCCAAAUAUAAAACCCCAACACCAACGCCAGAAAACGCCUCAAUUUGCAUUCCUUUGCCCUUUCUACAAGCCAACAUCUUUCCAGCAGCUCCUUCUUCCUCUCACUCUCUUCCUCCUCGAUCCUCCUUCCACCAUGAUUACAGUAACUGUAAAAUGGCAAAAGGAGAUUUUCAAAGAAGUAGAAAUUGACACUACCCAGUCUCCUUACGUUUUCAAAUGCCAAUUGUAUGAUUUGACCGGUGUGCCUCCUGAAAGACAAAAAAUUAUGGUCAAGGGUGGUCUUUUGAAGGAUGAUGCUGAUUGGUCAACAUUAGGAGUGAAAGAGGGUCAAAAGCUAAUGAUGAUGGGUACCGCUGAUGAAGUAGUGAAGUCUCCAGAGAAGGGGACAGUUUUUGUUGAAGAUCUUCCUGAAGAAGAACAAGUAGUUGCUGUUGGACACACGGCUGGUCUUUUCAAUUUGGGAAAUACGUGUUAUAUGAACUCAACAUUGCAAUGCCUCCAUUCGGUGCCUGAGUUGAAGUCAGCUUUGAUUAAGUACUCACAUUCAGGACGAAAUAAUGAUGUCGAUCAGUCUUCUCAUAUGUUGACCAUUGCAACUCGGGACUUAUUCAACGAGCUUGAUAAAAGUGUCAAGCCUGUAGCACCAAUGCAAUUUUGGAUGGUAUUGCGGAAAAAAUAUCCUCAGUUUGGUCAGCUGCAUAAUGGAGUGUUCAUGCAACAGGAUGCUGAAGAGUGUUGGACACAACUUCUAUACACACUCUCUCAGUCCCUCAGAUCUCCUGGAUCUAGUGAUAACCCUGAUGCAGUGAAGGCCCUAUUUGGCAUUGAACUUAUUAGCAGGAUUCAUUGUCAAGAGAGUAAUGAAGAAAGCUCGGAAACAGAGUCUGUUUAUUCACUUAAAUGCCACAUAUCGCAGGAGGUGAACCAUUUACAUGAAGGGAUAAAACAUGGUUUAAAAUCAGACUUGGAAAAGGCUUCGCCUGUAUUGGGCCGCAGCGCUACGUACUUGAAGGAAUCACGCAUCAAUGCCCUACCAAGGUAUUUGACUGUUCAGUUCGUCCGAUUCUUUUGGAAGAGGGAAUCCAACCAGAAGGCUAAGAUAUUACGGAAAGUGGAUUAUCCUCUGGAGUUGGAUGUUUAUGAUUUUUGUUCAGAUGAUCUUCGUAAAAAACUGGAAGCUCCUAGACAGAUUCUAAGAAACGAGGAAGGCAAAAAACUUGGUCUGAAAGUGAAUGAGAAAAGUUCUGCUCAGAAGGAAAAUGAUGUAAAAAUGUCCGAUGCUGAGGGAUCAUCGAAUGGAGAAGGGGAGCCAUCUGUAGUUCCCAUGAAUGAGGACGGUGAAAAGGAAACACAGAUGACAGGAAUCUAUGAUUUGGUUGCCGUGUUAACCCACAAGGGUAGAAGUGCUGAUUCAGGGCAUUAUGUUGGUUGGGUCAAGCAAGAAAAUGGGAAAUGGAUCGAGUUUGACGAUGACAAUCCCAAACCAAAAGUGGAAGACGACAUCACUAGACUAUCGGGAGGAGGUGAUUGGCAUAUGGCGUAUAUAAUCAUGUACAAGGCUCGUGUUGUAUCUGUGUAA